UUUUAAAAAGCGGCGGUUGCUUCUCCACCUUUUCGUGAAUGGAUAGCUACUUUUUCUUCGCCGCAGUCGCUCAGUGUUGUUAGAAAAAGUAAGAUCCUGCCCCAGGAUCAUGCACCAGCAGCAGUAUACAGAGGGGAAAGGCCUUCUGGGCAAACUUUGUCCUGGGGAGAGGAAACUGGCCGGAAAGACCUUUUAUCUGGAUAAUGUGAAGAAACGUCCAACAAUACUGCUUUUGGAGGCCAUAUCUCUUCUAGGAGGGAGAAUUGAGAGUUUCCUACACAAGGACGUGAAUUUUGUUGUGACUGGAAGUCAAGAGGGUCUGAAGGAAGAUCCCAAAGGACGGGUAAAGGGGACAAUUGGGGAGGUCCAGCAACCUAUUAAGCAGCGAGAGAGUGUCCUCACCAGUGAAAAAAGGCAACCGCAACCAGGAACCCCUCGACCAGUGGCUUGUGGUAGUCGAGGGAAGGCUCUGCUUGAAAAAGCCAUUCGCAACAAUGAACGACUGCAGGGGAACAAUGUUUUGGCCAAUGCUCGAUCAUGGGGAGUGAAGAUUCUGUACGUGGAUGAUGUGCUUCUAUAUCUGAAACAAGUGAGUCGAGAGAGCGUCAGUGUGAAACACAAGAGGCAAGAGAGGACUUGCAGUAAACAACAAGGUUCUCCUGCUGUCAAAGCUGCAGCUUUAAGGUCUCCAUAUCUGAAGAUCGAAGACUUCAGCAAGAAAUAUAAGCCCUUGCAUAUGCAGGCUGUGACAUUCCCUUCACUGUGCUACUUAGGCCGAUUCAGUCCGUUUGAAUCCCCUCCCCCUCCCCGGUUUGAAAAACACACAGAAGAGGAAGGAGUGACUAAGCGUGGGGAGAAACGUGUUGAAGGUAGUGUCCAGGACAAGUCCCAGACCCCACUCAACUGUAACCCCUCACCGUGGCGCCCUCGCAAAAAGGACACAUCGUACUGUGAAUGCUGUCAUCAACCUUUCACUAAUCUGGAGGAGCACUUACACUCUGAUCAGCACCGCAAGUUUGUGCUGGAUCCUUCCAACUACACUGUGGUCGAUCAACUUGUUGCUGAAAUGGUUCCAGGAUUCAAUCCCAGUCCAUCUCAACAAUUGGAAGAAAUGUUGAUCAGACCACUAACUCCUUUACCUAUCCCGGAGGUCUGUGAACUGGAGCCUCUCACUGAUGGUGAGACAGAGCGUGCUGUUCAAGCCCUGCGCAUACAAAGUUUAUCAUUCAAUACUCUUACUGGGGGUCUUCAUUCUCUUGUCCCUGCCGUCCUAUCACCAGGAGAUCAGUGUCCCAUCCCAAAUUCAGCCACACCACCUGCUGACAUCAAUCCCACAGAAUGCCUUUUUCCUGACAUCCAGCCCCGCGCUUCAAGCCCCACUAUGCCUGUAUUAGAUAUUGAACCGCCAGCCCACACCUCAGCCAGCCAGCAGCUAACCCGUUGUUCAUCCCCCGACCCGUACUCCCUACCCCCAGUCCUCAGCCCACAAGUCCCUUAUUCCUCCUACAUUAUGGAGACAAACUGCCUGUACUUGGACCCUCCUGUCCUCAGUCCUCAGCCAUACUUUGCAGAGGAAACUGUUGAAGGAGAUGUUUGUGAAAUGGACACAGUAGAGAAUUUCUCUGAGUCUGUCCCGGCUGUCUCCAUCCCACUUCUUUCCUCUGAGGCUGUGACAAGAGUAGAACAAAUGAAUCAGGAUAGCUUUUCCGUAUCAAGUGGGAUCAUGUUUUCUAGCAGCGGUGUGAAGCACGAGAAAUCUGAUUCAUGCCGAUCACGAUCUCUGCCUCGGUCGCCGACUACAGUGCAAAAUCCCAAAAAACGCUGUCGAUCUGCCAGCGCUGAUCGUGUCCACAGCAAGAGGAGGAGGAGGAGGAGUAGGAGGGCAGGAGUGAAAUUUAACGAAUGUACAUGGACUGAAGAAGAGCAUAAAUCUAAAACGCCAGAAAGUGACACUAUGGCAAAGUCUGAUGUCCAUUUAGCAUAUGAUAUAAAACAGGAUUUGACCUCAUCACGGCUUCCCCCUAUGCAGACAAUGGACAUUUUGGGUCAUAGUCGCACGUCUGUCACAGUUUCUCCCUUUCUCCUUAAUCCUCCCCUGCAGUUCAAGAAUGGAAAAUGUCCCAGUGGAUUUUCCAGUCAAGACUCUAGACAUUCACUGUCCCACUCUACCUCGGUGUGCAUCGAUUCGACCUUCAUCCCAGAGUUGGCCAUGUUCUCGCCGUCAUCGUCAGACUCUGACUGGGAUUGUGACCUGCUGUCGCGGCUGGACACGGCCUCGGCCGCACCUCUGUCGCCCGCAGAGCAGAGCUGCGAGCUUAACAAAGAACUCCUCCACAAGCCUUGCACUUGGAUACACAACACCAGCUACGAGUCGUGUCUGCACACUGUCCUUCAGCCGCCAACGGCAGCAAAAUCACGAGACAUGGACCCGUCUGUGUUCUCCAGGACGGUGGUGCAGAUUGUUGAAGUUCAGCACUGAUCUUUUUUUUUUCCAUGUAAGUUAAAUAAUUGGAAAAACCACUGCUGGAAGGCACAAAAUGGAGUACUAAGUCUUGGACAUUUCAGCUGUGUUUCCUACAUCAAGAAGCAAUGGGCAGCACUUAAACCCUAUAAUAAGCCACUGACGUGCACGUUGAAUAAAUAUUUAAAAUUUAGUGCAAACUAAAAUGUAAUGCUCAGCUGUUUUUAGAAAAGCUUAUUUUUAUUCUCUGUGGUAGUAAGUGCAUAUUGGAGGUUGCGUAUGAAUUUAAAGAGCGUCCAUUAUCACGUUUACUUUCACCCCCCCAACUCUUCUUGGUGCACAGAACUCCAGCAAUAUCUGUAUGUUGUGCUGACUGAGGCCUUUCAGCAGCCAUGUCCGGGAACACACGGUCGUGCUGAGUAUUUAAUGAGGCUUUUCUGAAGGGGGCAUUACUCAAUUAGUCUAAGUGCAUCUUCUGGAUCAGAUCCCAACUGCACCAGCGCUGAUGGUCAAACGGGCGAGACGAGGCAUAGAUGGAAUGGAAGCCUCGCACAACCUGUGAGGCAAACCGUGUCUGAUCAACGUCUCACAGCUUCUCCUUGUUUCUUUUCUUUUUUUUUUCUUUUUUUUUUUUAAUUUAUUUUAGAGAGAUGAACAUUUUAGUCGUGUACAGCAGCUGAAAUGGGUUUAUGGUCUGCUCCGUUUUUGUUAUGUAAGUUCACUUACAGUUACCGUUAAAGCAACACUAUGCAACCUUUUACAUCAGACUUAUUAUGACGGGUCACAAACUUGUUUAUUCCCACUCUGUACACUUACUGCGCCGUGUUCGUUUAGAGACUCAAAACGGCUACAAACAGUCCCAGCAAGGACAAUUAAAAACACUUCAGCCUGAUUUCCUCGCGCAUAACUUGUAAAUGUACACAUACGUACUCACUUGACACUUGACACUUCCCUCUCAUGUCAUGCUUCUACAGAAUAUCUUUUGGUACUGCGUAAAAAUCAGUACAGCUUAGAGUGAUGCAGUGAAAUUUAGUAGCUUAAAGAACAGGCUGUACUUAUGUGGUCACAUGGUGACGAUGGCAGAGUAAAUUAGAAGUUUUUUUGACGGGCAGUUAAUAAAUUGAGAAUAAACGUCUUAAAAACUUUCACUGUGGCACGUUUGCUACAGUGAGAGAAUUUCCUGCAAAAGUUGCAUAGUGUUGCUUUUGAAGACUCAUCAUCGCAUACUAAAGAAAUAAAGCCACCUUUUGAAUUCAUUACAUGACGGACACAGUAUCAUGUGAAGUGAAGUCUUGUACAUUAUUUUUAAAUAAAUGUUUUUAUCCUUACACAUUUCCUGCUGAAUGAUUUAGGGAAAUACUUUUGAAGCAAAGUGAAGAACUUUGAUGUGAUGCUGAACUUUUUUUUUUUUUUCCCCAGAUUUCUUUAAUAAAUGCUGACACUGCUUGCAGCGAGAGCUAAAAAGGGAGGCAAGGGCAACACUGGGUCAUUGUGUCCUGUUUGGCUCGGAGGUUUCAGCCGACACAAACAAUAUUUGAUAUGUAAUCUCCAGGCCGUGUUGCAUAACCGUAUAUGCUAUAGAUUGUUGUAAUUACAUGAUACGUUGUGUGCGAGUGUCUGUGGACAAAACCGCGGCUGCUUAUCGCGCGAAUGGAAAAUAAUCCCACCUUCAGUUUAGGAGGUUUCCUGAUAUUUCUGUCGUGUGUAACGGAAUUCUUUGGUAAAGAAGUGUGAGAGAUUGUCUGUCAGAGGGCAGUUCGAUAACAACAAUGAGUUUUUUUUUUUAAUUUAGGUACAAAUUUAAAAAUCUCAAGCAUUCUUGGCUCAGACUCCUUUUUGUCAAGAUUGCUAUUUGAUAGGUUGCAGCUGGAUGGUCCAUGUCGACCGUUGUCUUUUAAUAAAGACUGAAAUGUUUUUCUGAAGGCCACAAAAGCUGCAACUGUGGCUGCUUACAGACUGCAUGCUCAGUCAUGCGAGUCAAAUCUGGAUUUAUUGAUUUAUUUGGCUCAUACGUGAGUUUGACCGUACUGUUUCUGUUUUCUUUAUGACGUGAACAGAAAGUUGACGGAGUAGAUUAUCUCAAGUGGUCACAUCAGAGUGCAAAAACAUGAAAUUCCAGAUUUGGACCACUUAAGCCUAAAGUGUGAAUGAAGAAAGAAAAUGUACUCGUGUACAUAACAGACGUUUAGUCUAGUGUGUAAAAUGAUGUUGAAAUAAUUUAAUUGCAGAAAUUAAAGAUCAUUUUUGCCUUUAUUGGACCGGAUAGUGAAGUGUGAAAGGGAGGGGAGUGCACCCAUUAAAGGACAGUGGGUGAAAUUGAACCCGGGUCGCGCUCUGAGGUUUUCUCUUUGAAGUUAUUUCCAUCUGCAAUCAUUUUUUGGAAUUGUUGUACCUCAUUUUCUGCUAUUGCCAUGGUGAAUUGUAUUGGGGCUCUUUUAGUCUUUUUGGACUGAGUGCAUAUGCUCAGGGAUGGUUUGUUGUGGACAGCAGGGGUGAGUGGGUCCAGAGGAGUGCAACCGUUUGCAGCCUCACUUUCCUAGGGUGAAGUUGCUGUUGCCUCUGUCUUUCAUAACCUAAAACUAUCCAUCUGUCUUCUACCACUCUAUCCUCCACAUGAGGGUCGGAUGACUUUAACGUUGUAUGAAGGUCUAGGACUGAAACAUAACAACAACUGCAACAAUAAAAUCAUGCUUGCAAGUUUA